UUUGCUUUGCCUUCUGUACCAUACUUCCACUACGUGUGUUUGAUUUACCAUUUUACACACGUAGAGAAUAGAGAGAUACAUGGAGCCUGUAACACCUUAUUUAUGCCGAUAUAAAGGCUACGUUUUUGCAGCAGGACUGAACACUGCAGAGUACAUUGAUUCACUUGAGACCUUUGAAAUAAGAGACAGUGAUGUUUUUCUUGUCACUUAUCCCAAGUCAGGCACUAUAUGGACUCAACAGAUCAUGAUAUUGAUCAAUGAAGAAGAUGGCGUGAAAGAUGACAACAGUACUAAUCUGGACAAGAUGCCUUGGCUGGAGUAUCCCAAGGGAAGAGUGGAUUAUACUAAGCGCCCCUCUCCUCGGCUGUUUUGCAGUCAUCUCACUCCUGCACUAAUGCCCUUAGGACUCAAGGACAAAAAGACAAAGAUUGUGUAUGUGAUGAGGAACCCAAAGGACAACCUGACUUCCUACUUUCACUUCUGCCAUAUCUGGAGUGAGCUGGAGUCACCUAAGAGCUUUGAUGAUUUCAUGGAAAAAUAUCUUAAGGGACUUGUUUCAGGUGGCUCUUGGUUUGACCACAUCAGAGAGUGGUACACCAACAGAGAGCAAUACAACAUCUUGUUCCUUACCUAUGAAGACAUGAUCAAGGAUCUGAGGACCGCAGUACAGAAGAUCUGCACAUUCCUUGGAAAGAACCUAGACGACAGGGCAAUUGACCGCAUUGUGGAAAGGGCUACUUUCAAAAACAUGAAAAAAGAUCCAUGUGCUAACUAUGAAUUUGUUCCCGAGAAUAUUUUCCUUCGUGAGAAGGGCGGCUUCCUGCGCAAAGGUGCGGUUGGAGACUGGAAGACAAUCUUCACAGUUGCUCAAAGUGAGACAUUUGACCAGAUCUACCAAGAGAGAAUGCGUGACCUGCCUUUGAAGCUCACCUGGGAUUUAAAGGAGCUUCCUAGAUAAUGUAGUAUUCAUGAUGAGUACAUAUUAAAGAGCAAUGAUUGAGUGGCCAGUUAACACCUGCUGUCAGUCGGAAAAGCAGAAUUCAUUUAAUGUGUCCAUGUUUUAGCAAAAAACAACAAACUUUUGAAUGUAAUCAAUUCAUGUGUACACUAAACAGUUUGUUACACCAUAGAAUGAAAUUCUUACUCUGUGUAUCCUCUCAGGAGCCUACGACAUAACUUGUAAGGACAUAAGGAAAGAAAAACACAAGGCGUAAAUCACAAAUUUACAAAAAUUACUAUUAG